UCCAAACAGACAGGAAAGUCAAUUAGAGUUAAACUGAGUUUACCAGCUGGAUCUCCAGCACAGCAUGAGAGAGGGAGGGAGAGAGAGGGAGAGAUAGAGAGAGCAGGAGGAAAAGGGGGAGGAGAUAGAAGAAGAGAAGGAGCGGGAGAGACAAGAAAAGAGAGAGAGGAGGGAGAGACAGGCACUGAGCAGCGGGUUUUGACAGGUUAGAGAAACUGGUAUUAUUUUUUCCUUUGCGAAGUCUUUUUUUGUUCUCCUGCUUGGCAGAGGCAGGAUCACAGGCCACAACAAGGGGGGCUGGCUGCAGGGGUCAGGGGAGGGGAACUGCCAGGUUUUUUUCACGGGUUGUGGCAACAGGAUGAGGGGGUGAGCUGGGGUUGCCCUGGAGCGGUGAGCCUCAGUGAGGGAUGAGAGGAAGGGUGUCUUCAUCCUCGCUGAACUUCCAGUGGGCCAGGGAGGAGUAAGGACAGAAAAAGAGCUGUUGGGAAGAGAGAGAGAAAGCGAGAGAGAGGCAGAGAGAGAGAAAGAGAGAGGGAGGAAGAGGGAAAGGCUUUGCUCCGCUACACCUACAACGGCCUGCGAGGAGAUCAAGAGACAAGUGUCCGUAACGCUGGAGCACAAGGACAAACCAUGGACUCUGCAAGCCUCCUACACCUCCUGGACGUCCACAAUGUUCCCUGCUAACCUUCUGGCCCUGAUGGUCCUGCUGCUACCUCAGGUCUUGUCGGGUCACCAGGGAAGGGCCAUUGACGGUGGUGGGAAACCGCUGCCUACACUGGAGCCCAGCUUGGCCCAGUCCAUCCAGAACCUCCUGUUGACCCGACUGGGGCUGCGGUCCCGCCCUACGUCAAGGCCUGAGGUGCCCAUACCGCAGUACCUUCUCGACCUGUACCGCUUCCACAGGCAGCAGUACCACCUGGUGCAGGACCCACACUUCAGCUUUCCAGUCCACCACGUCCAGGAAGCCAACACUGUGCGGAGCUUCCAUCAUCUGGAGUUCACUGACACCUCAGUCUCACCCCUGAGUGUGACAGAUCCAUCGGACCCUGUUCGCAUAACUUUCAAUGUGUCCUCCAUCCCAGAGGAUGAGCGCAUCACCUCUGCAGAGCUCCGCCUCCUGCACACCCCAGCUGAGGGAAAGUCUGGUGGCCACAGGGUCAGGUUGUUCCUCUCUGGGGAUAACCCGCACAUGGGGACCACCCUCCUGGAGUCCCGGACCCUCCCUCAGGGUAGCCACAGUGGAAGCGCCUCCUGGGAGAGCUUCAGCCUCAGCCCAGAGCUUUUCCAGCAAGUUGUCAGUCAGACUGGACUCCUGGAGCUUGUGGUGGAGGUGGCCCCUCUGAACCGGUCUCUUGCACCCAAAGGGCAGCGUACAGCGGAGCACAUCCGGGUGCGCAGGUCUGCUGGGCAGAACGAGCCUAGCUGGGGGCAGGAAAGACCCCUCCUCGUGACAUACAGCCACGAUGGGCGAAGCCAGACACUGGCGCCUUCUGGCGGCACCCUCGUGGGACCACGCUGGAAGAGGAGAAGGGGGACAAAGGCUCAGGAUGGGAUCAGGGGGAAGGGGAUGAGCCGAGGGAGCCAGCGUGAGCGGAGAGUGAAGCGUAACGGCGGACGGGCGGCCAAACUGAAACGGCUGUCCCAGGCUCGCUGCCGGCGCCACCCGCUGUAUGUGGACUUCAGGGAUGUGGGCUGGGACAAGUGGAUUGUGGCACCCAGUGGCUACCACGCUUACUUUUGCCUUGGGGAGUGCCGCUUUCCUCUGGCUGACCACAUGAACUCGUCCAGCCACGCCAUGGUGCAGACCCUGGUGAACUCAGUCAAUGGGGCGGUGCCUCGUCCUUGUUGUGUGCCCACCACCCUCAGCCCCAUUGCCAUGCUCUAUCUGGACCAGCAGGACCGCGUCGUGCUCAAAAACUACCAGGACAUGGUGGUGGAGGGCUGUGGCUGCCAGUAGCCUCCAGUAGCUUCCAGUAGCUGUCAGUAGCCGUCAGAGAGGGGCAACCCGAGAGGAGUGGGGCGUAGUGAACAGGAUGCUUUCUCUGUCCAUGAAAUUCAGCUCUUUCAAUCAUUGCAAACAAGGCGCCUGUCCACAAUGCCACAAUACUGUGCACAUUGUGAUGUUAUCUCCUUUCCAGCAUUGUACAGUGGUGUAAAGAAUAGCAACCCCAAUGGGAAACUGAUACAAUCACCAUUGUCCUUAAAACCUAAUGGACAUUUCAUAGUACUUAUAUUCUCUUACAGCCCUUUAUAGUGCCUCACCAUUCCACUUCUCUCAAUUCUGGUGUAAUAUUACAAUCCUACAAUCUGUCACCUGGACGUGUCCACCCGCCAGUGGAUGUCUUUAGCCUCUUGGCAGACUCAUAAAAUGCUUAAUAUUGCACAAGCUCGAACAACAUAUUAGCUCAUUUCUCAUGCCAUUGCUCUUGACGAUGGUCAGUAGUUCAGACUCAAAAAUUAAAAAAAAAAAAAAACUGCUGAUGAUGAUCAGUAGUUCAGACUCAAAAUAGACCUCUCUAACAGUCAAAGACUGUCCACAAAAUAUUUAAAAUACACUUUACAAGAUAUUUAAAGUAACAUUAAGAUUAAUUAUUAUAUUGUUGGAAUGUGUUAUUAUUUAAAGAGAAGUUUAUAUUCAUGUUUUUGCUGAAACAGAUUAAACUAUGAAUUCAUAGAACAGAUAAAAUUCUUAUUGAUGUUACUCCUCAGAUAGUUCUUAACUUAAAAAUAGUACAUUAUAUAUAUUUAAGUAGCAGACAGUUAUGGGAUAUUUAAUGCUAAAGAACAUAUAAAACUUCUUUUCCUUGUAUAGCUCAAAAACAAAUGACAGAAUCAAUGACUGACGAUGGAUUAGUGUCUGUUGUGUGUGGAUGUGUAUUAUAUGCCUACAGUACAUGUAUAUAUGAUAAAGCAACACAAAAUACCACAGGUCUCAGCUCCACUGUGUCGUUCUUUUGUACAGAUUCUCUAACGUGCACGUUCAGGAAUAUUAUCGCAUGGUUUUUGAAGGACUACUAAAUAGCACAUGUGCUAUUUACAAUGAAAAACUAUUGUUAAUCAUUGGCCUUGAUGCCUCUAUGAUCCGCAAAGUAACUGAUAAUGCAAAAUAGGGAAAAUAUGUUAUCUUAGUGGUAAGAAAAUGGCCACGUUUAAAAAAAAAAAACCAUCCAGUUAGCCAUACUACGAUGUGUGACGUUGCCUGGCUUUAUGUAAUAAAAAGAAAACACCAAA